AAGGCCUGAGAACGUAAGUAAAUCAAACAGACGUAAAAGUGUUCAUGUAUUUAGACCAAAGUAGCUAGAUUAUCUUGCAUUUAUACAGAUAACACCAUGGUUCCUAUGAAGACAACCGUUGCUCUGUUUGCUUUAGUGGCCUUGUCAGCUGCAAAACCACCGGGAGGCGGCCAUGUUCCAAGUCCAGGAGAAGUUGAUGCUGCUAUCGUAAAUAUAAACUUGCAUUACAAUGACAAACUAUGUUUGGAACUUCUUCUUGUGGACUGUGCCACUCAUGUAACACAAGGAGACGAGAUGGUAUGCGGAUCCGACGGAAUUACCUAUGCCAAUCACUGUGUGUUUACACAUGCCAUGUGUGAAUUCCUCCAUUCUGAUGUGCAUGAUCUAAAGAUUAACCACCGUGGUGCCUGUACAACAGCAACCGGAUCGACAAUGCCACCAGCAACAGUUGCCUUAGGGUCCACAAUGGCACCAGCCCAAGGAUCCACAAUGCCACCAGCAACAGCGGCCCAAGGUUCCACAAUGGCUCAAGCUACAGCGACCCAAGGUUCCACAAUGGCACCAAUAACGACAACAGUGGUGGUGACAACCACGUCUGAUCCUAUUGGCAGUAUUGUGCAAAAUGUGUUUUGUCAAAACGUUGCCACAAUUAGUUGUGGAAGUACUUUUGAAAUCCUUUGUGGAUCUGAUGGGCAGUUUUACCCGAAUCAAUGUGAGCUGUCAAAACAAAAAUGUCAGGACCCAACGCUUACUGUAGCUGACAAGUCUACAUGUCCCAUUUCAGGGUGAUUGUAAUUGAGUUUAUAUGAAAGAUUAAUAAAAGUCAUUGUUUCAAUAUGAAA